UUUCUGUGUUUGAAUGGAGAAGCUGGCCUCACCGGAACCAGCACACCCCUUGCAGGGCGCAGGGCCCGUUGCUGAGGUUUCUGUUGCCGAGAGGGCAGGGGCUGUGGAAGACGAGGCUGCAACAUGGGUGAGAUCCAAACUGUUUGAGUGUGGGUGCAUGAAACGUUGGCUACCACAGGCCUACAGAGAAGAACUCUACCAAGUGUUACGACUCACAGGCCCACUGGUGCUGUCUCAGAUUCUGAACUUCCUCCUGCCAUUUGUUAUCUCUAUAUUCUGUGGUCACAUUGGCAAUGCAGAACUGGCUGGAUAUGCACUGGCCUCAGCGACCAUUAAUAUAACCACGAUUGCAGCAGGCCAUGGCCUUGGUGUGGCUUGCGACACACUCAUCUCUCAGACAUUUGGAAGUAAGAACAUGAAACGCGUGGGAGUGAUUCUCCAAAGGGGUUCCCUGAUCCUGCUGCUGUUUUGUCUGCCAUGUUGGGCUAUUCUCAUCAACUCUUACAACUUACUGAUCCUCAUGCACCAAGAGGAAGAGGUGGCGAGAAUUGCCCACAUCUAUGUGAUGGCAUUUCUACCAGCUAUUCCAGCUGUGUUUCUGCACCAGCUGCAGGUUGCCUACCUGCAAAACCAAGGGAUCAUAUUCCCACAGAUGUACACAGCAGGAAUAGCGAAUGUUUUUAAUGUGGGCUUCAACUACAUUUUGAUCUUCAGCCUCAAUUUGGGUGUUGUUGGAUCAGCAAUUGCUAACAGCCUCUCUCAGAUCACCAUCUGCCUGCUGCUGUUUGGUUACAUCAGAUGGAGGAACCUCCAUCAGCAGACAUGGGGAGGUUGGUCCACUGAAUGUCUGCAGGAAUGGGGUUCUUAUAUGAAGCUGGCUAUUCCGAGUGCACUUAUGACCUGCUUUGAAUGGUGGAUCUGGGAGCUUGGAGGUUUCUUUGCUGGUUUACUUGGUGAAGUGGAUCUUGCUGCUCAGCAUGUGUUGGAUGAAAUAGGAAGCAUUAUAUACAUGGUCCCUUUAGGUAUCCAUGCGGCUGCCUGUGUGCGUGUUGGCAAUGCUCUGGGGGCUGGGGACACUACCAGAGCUUUAGUCUCUUGCAGAGUGGCCUUAGUUCUGGCAGGAGUGCUUGCUGUUUUCCAUGGUAUUGUUAUUGCUGGCUCUAAGUCAGUCAUUGCCUUCAUAUUUACCUCUGAUGUCAACAUUGUGACGAUGGUGUCAGAAAACCUCACAGUGUGCAUAUUUCUACAGUUCUUUGAUGCACUUCUGUGCGUCUGCUCAGGGAUUCUUGUAGGAUGUGGGAUGCAGAAAAUUGCUGCUAUCUCCAACCUGGUUGGUUACUACUGUAUCGGCCUGCCGGUGGGAAUAGCUCUCAUGUUUGCUGCCGAGCUGAAGCUAUUAGGGUUUUGGGUGGGCCUCCUUAUAUGCAUUAGCAUUGAGGUAGUGACAUUCCUGGUUGUGAUCGUUAAACUCGACUGGAAAAAAGUCACAAAGAAGGCUCAACUGCGAGCUGGGAAGAAAUUGCUGGUAACACCUGGACAUCCUCCUAGUACAGAGUUCAGUGAAGCUAUGGUGCCGGAUACUCCUAACUGCCUGGACUCAGGCCCGUUGGACAGCGGAGAAGCUCCUAAAACAGAUGGCUACAGUCCGGUGAACACCCAGGAUCAGGAGGUGAAAGCUGCUCAUGUGGCAGGUGACAGCAAUGCUAAUGCAAGAGGAACUGAACAGAGCAAAAACACCAAACCUAAAGUGCUGCUUUCUGCCACUCAGCUGAUUUUGCGUCUGGGAACCACCUUAUUGGUUUUAGUUCUUAGUUUGAUUAUAGGUAUUGCCUUUUAUAUUGCUUUCCCUGUACCAGGGCUGAGUGCACAGAGCAGGGCCAACUUUACUCUUAAUGGGGCCAAUGACUCCACUCCCACACCAGUGACUCUGAACCUUACACUAGACUUUUGAUAUACAUUUAACUUCGAAGUAUUGACUUCUUGUGGCUGCACAUAGUUCUCACAGAUGUGAUACGUUUCUAUUGCAGGUCUAGCUUUAGUUGCUAAUCAGGGAUUAAAGCAUAAAAAAUAUUUUAGAAAAAAGGGUCAAAUUCCUUCCUAGUUGCAGAUCUUCUCACAAACCAGAGGUCUCAUUUAGUAAAAACCUGAUGUUUGCUACUGGUGCUACCUUCUGUAGAGAAAAACGUCUCAGUGCUGCACUGCCGAGCAAAUCCACAGAAGGCUGGAAGAAAUAUCAAAUGAGAGGGAAUCUGGCAGGAUUAGCAAAGGUCUUGUUACAAAGAUCAUGUUUUAACCAGCUCACAGCUGAGAUGUUUUAACUGGAGCAACAAGACAGGUUACAAAUCCUCUCUGAAUAAUCACACGGGCAUCAACCAACAGAUGUUUUCUCACAGAUAGCUUUUUUGUUUUUCAACCUGUUCUUGACUUGAUUUACAUAUUGCACUGUGAGAUAUAUAUGUUGAAGCUUACUGACCUCAAAUCAUUUUCUCAUGUUUUAACUUUAAUAUUGACUGUAAAUAUGUGAUGCUAAAUUUACAGUUCUCUUAUCAAAUGGUUUUAAUAAUCUAGACAUUGUACCUCUUCACGUGGUUGUUCAA